AUGCGCCUGAAGUCAUUAAUCAGUUUGUUGCUAGAAGAGACUGCCGCGCUUGAGGUUUUGCCUCUUGGCUUCACGAUUUUAUUCUUGUGGCUCUUUGGAAUCACCAGCUUUGUUGAGAAUGGUGCACUGUUUGCCAGCUUUGUGGUCUUUGCAGGAUAUGGCGUGGCAGUUGCUCCCUUCUCGUAUUUGUUGUCGUUCCUCUUCGCCAAGCACACUUCUGCCCAGAUCCUAUCGCUUGUCUUGAACUUUUUCACGGGUCUCCUACUGAUGCUGACAUCCUACAUUUUGAACUUGAUCGAGAAUACAAAGGAUGUAAACGAAUCAUUGAUGUGGAUAUACCGGCUUUUCCCCGGCUUUUGUCUGGGGCAUGGCCUUUUCGAGAUUUGCACCAAUUCAGUGAUCUCUCGGCAGCUCCAAACAGAAGUAAAACUGCUCGAGUGGGAUAUUGCAGGCAAGGAUGCAUUGUUCCUGUACAUUCUAGCGCCAACCUAUUUCAUUUUGACAUUGCUCAUCGAUUCCCUGGCCCAUUCACCGCUGGCAGCAUCUUGGCGCCAUUUGGAUCCUGCGGUGGAGCGCAUAGACGUUCAGGAUGAUCCGGAUGUGGCGGAGGAAGCGAAGCGCGUUGAGGAUGGCCAUAGCACCGAGGAUGUGGUGCGCUUGGAGAAGCUAAGGAAGGUCUACCGAACACCUGAGGGAGCUCCGAAGGUGGCAGUCCAAAGUCUGAGCUUCGGCCUGGCUUUGGGCGAAUGUUUUGCUUUUCUUGGCACGAACGGUGCUGGAAAGACGAGUACAUUGAGUAUGUUGACGGGUGCAAUAUUGCCCUCUGCGGGCAGAGCCUUUUUGGGCGGCUUUGAUAUUGUCCAAGAGCAACGCAAGGUGAGACGGCUCUUGGGCUAUUGCCCGCAGCACGAUGCUUUAUUAGACCGUCUCACGGUGCGAGAGCACUUGGAACUGUUCGGGCGGAUAAAAGGCAUCAGCAGACAGGAACUCCGACGGUUGUGUGAUCAAAUGAUGCAGGACCUUUCGCUGUCCCCUCAUGUGGAUAAACUGUCUAUGACUUUGAGUGGUGGCAACAAACGUAAACUCUCGCUGGCAAUUGCCCUCAUGGGCUCUCCACCACUUGUUCUUUUGGAUGAGCCGAGCACGGGAGUUGACCCCGCAGCACGGCGAUUGAUGUGGCACGUGAUCUCCUCUGUGUCAACACUACGAAGGGAGAGCACCGUGAUCCUCACCACCCACAAUAUGGAGGAAGCCGAGGCACUGUGCUCGCGCAUCGGCAUCAUGGUUGGCGGCAGGUUACGCUGCUUCGGCAGCAACCAGCGCCUAAAAGCACGCUUUGGCCAAGGGUAUCAGCUCGAGGUGCGCUUGCACGCACCAGAAGCGAAGGAUUUCCUUCAGAAACACCAGCUUCCAUCGUUGCUGGACGCAGUUGAAGUGAAGCGUGCUUGUGCUGCGCUGGGCCAGCCAGGCCGUGCUUCUCUGAUUCAUGAAGGCUGUGAAGAAGGGUUUCUUGUCUUCGAAGCUCUUGCUCGUGAAGGAUGUAUCUCGGCUUCAAUCUUUGCCCAGUGGUGGCUCUUUGAAGAUCGUGCAAACCGGCUUUCGUGCUUUUUGGAGCAACACUUCCCGGGCACAGCGCAGUUGGAGAGGCACGAGCACAACUUUCGCUUUCGACUUCCUCAGCGCUGCCCACUUGGCGAGGUCUUCAGAGUUUUGGAAGAGUCGCGAAAUGAGUUGCAUCUGGACGAGUAUGGUGUUUGCCAGGCCAGCUUGGAGCAGAUCUUCAAUGAUUUCGCCGCAUUGCAAGAGGAAGAGACAGGCCCAGUGCAAGGCUCCAGUGCCAUGGUCACGCGCGCUGUCAUUGAGAACGGUCAAGCACCUGACUGGUCAUUGCUUCCAAAAGCCAUGCUAGGAGUCUUAGCCUUGCUUUGUGGCAAUGGUUAUAUUGUUGGCAUCAACCAGAUUUAUGAUGUCAGCAUUGAUGUUAUCAACAAACCGUUCUUGCCUGUAGCCGCCAAAGAGCUCUCCAUACCUCAAGCAUGGUUCGCCAUCAUUGUCAUGGCACUUGCUGGAAGCUGGCUGUCAUACAAUCUCUUUGGUCCAUUGAUCGGUUCGCUCUAUGCCUUUGGUCUUGUGCUUGGCACCAUCUACAGUGUCCCGCCCUUGCGCCUGAAGAAGUCCGCCGUUGCAGCAGCGAUGAUCAUUGCCACUGUUCGCGGUUUCCUGUUGAACUUUGGCGUUUACUAUGCGACACGGGCUAUGCUUGGGGUGCCUUUUGGAUGGAGCUACCCCACCAUUUUCAUCACAUGCUUUUGCUCCGUGUAUGCUUUGGUCAUUGCAGUGACGAAGGAUUUGCCAGAUGUUCAGGGUGACCUUGAGAACAAGAUCGAUACCUUCGCCACUCGGUUUGGAGUAGGCACCGUUGCAACAGCUGCAAGUGCAGUGCUCCUAGCCAACUAUGCUGCUGCCUUGGUGUGGGCCAACAGCCCUGCUGCAGCUGCCUUUCGCCCCAAAGUCCUUUUGCCAGCCCACGCAGUUCUUGCAUUGCUUCUUGUCCGCGGACUGGUGCGACUUCGCCGUGCUCGUUUUAGCCAAGAAGGCCUCAAAGCAUUCUACAGGCUGAUUUGGCUCCUCUUCUACUCGGAAUACUUCCUCUUUCCAUUCGUUUGA